AUGAAGCUUAAAAUCGUUACACUUGGUAUUGUGACUGUCAUGUAUCUGCUUUUUCUGCUGACCACCUACCCCUAUGAUGGAGACAGUAGAGAUGUUUAUGGAACUGGUGAACAAGAAUGGAUGAUGAAGAAUCAUCUGAUGUUGCCGUCUCCCAAUGGUGCUGAUCUGAACGAAAAGAAUUUUGUAACUACAAAGAAAGGAGGACAUGGCGGUCUAAUUCUGAUUCCAGGAUCCAACCCCGAGCACAAUGCAGUUGGUCCCGCUGCUGAGAAGAACUUUGCAGGAUCGGAGUUGAAAAAGAAACGUGUUUUACUACUUUCCCUUCAAAAGCGGGGGCCUGUUACUUCUCCCAGACCAAACCGAGGGCACAAUUCAGUUAACCCUCCACCACCCAAUCCAAGCCAUAACCAUCCUGUCCGCACAUUCAGUGAAAAGAACUUUGGAAGUUCCGAAUUGAGAAGCCAUCAUGUUUUACUACCUUCCCUUCAAAAGGGGGGACCUGUUACUUCCCCAGGACCCAAUCUAGGACACAACUCAGCACCCAAUCCAAGUCAUAGUCCAAUCAGCACAUUCAGUGAAAAGAACUUUGCAAGUUCUGAGUUGAGAAACCAACAUGUUUUACUACCUUCCCUUCAAAAGGGAGGACCUGUUACUUCUCCAAGAUCCAAUCCAAGACACAAUUCAGCACCCAAUCCAAGUCAUAACCCAGGGGGACCUGUUACUCCUCCAGGACCCAAUCCAGGAAACAAUUUAGCACCCAGCCCAAGUCAUAACCCAGUAAGCACAUUCAGUGAAAAGAACUUUGCAAGUUCUGAGUUGAGAAACCAACAUGUUUUACUACCUUCCCUUCAAAAGGGGGGACCUGUUACUCCUCCAGGACCCAAUCUAGGAAACAAUUCACCCGGUCCAAGUCAUACCCCAAUCAGCACAUUUAGUGAAAAGAACUUUGCAAGUUUCGGGUUGAGAAGCCAGCAUGUUUUACUACAUUCCCUUCAAAAGGGAGGACCUGUUACUCCUCCACGACCCAAUCCAGGAAACAAUUCACCCGGUCCAAGUCAUACCCCAGUCAGCACAUUCAGUGAAAAGAAUUUUGCAAGUUCUGAGUUGAGAAACCAACAUGUUUUACUACCUUCCCUUCAAAAGGGGGGACCUGUUACUCCUCUAGGACCCGAUCCAGGAAACAAUUCACCCGGUCCAAGUCAUACCCCAGUCAGUACAUUCAGUGAAAAGAACUUUGCAAGUUUCGGGUUGAGAAGCCAGCAUGUUUUACUACCUUCCCUUCAAAAGGGAGGACCUGUUACUCCUCCACGACCCAAUCCAGGAAACAAUUCACCCGGUCCAAGUCAUACCCCAGUUAGCACAUUUAGUGAAAAGAACUUUGCAAGUUCUGAGUUGAGAAACCAACAUGUUUUACUACCUUCCCUUCAAAAGGGGGGACCUGUUACUCUUCCAGGACCCGAUCCAGGAAACAAUUCACCCGGUCCAAGUCAUACCCCAGUCAUCACAUUUAGUGAAAAGAACUUUGCAAGUUUCGGGUUGAGAAGCCAGCAUGUUUUACUACCUUCCCUUCAAAAGGGAGGACCUGUUACUUCUCCAGGACCCAAUCCAGGAAACAAUUCACCCCGUCCAAGUCAUACCCCAGUCAGCACAUCCAGUAAAAAGAACUUUGCAAGUUCAGGGUUAAGAAGCCAGCAUGUUUUACUACCUUCCCUUCAAAAGGGUCCUGCUACUUCUCCAGGACCUAACCCUGGACACCCUACAAUUAGUCCAAUUGAUCAGAAGAACUUUGCAGGUUUGAAAAUGAGAAAGAACCAGAUUUCACUUCCAUCUAUGAAAGUGCGGCCAAUUACUCCUCCAAGAACAACUCUUGGUCAAAACUCAGGGUGCAACAUGCGUACUAAAAAGAACUUUGCAGAUAGGAAAAUGGCUUCUGCACAUCCUCCUCCAUUUCCUCUGGUGGUUAGUUGCAUCUCUAAAGGCUACUAA